AUGUCCAGAAUACACCCAUGGUUGAUUCGAGCCACCGCCUUUAUCUUGCAGAAUCCAAAAUGCAUCAUCAUCCUUCCGCUUCUUUCCAUAUUCCUAUGCGCCUACAGUAGCUUGUACGAUUUCACGCUACGUCCGUUGAACGGGCCGCUCGUUUCUCAUUUCGACAAUACCACGCUCGACACCGGCCUAGACUUGAAGUCUGUCCACGCCAAGUCUUUUCUUCCGCUUCCUGAUGUCUCCGGGUUGAACAUGGUGAAAUACUCCUUGUCUAACCCGACGUCGGGAAACACGCUAAAGUACGACUUUGUGUGUGAAAUAGAGCAAUUCCAGGCGCAAUUGGAAUCCCAGAGCGUUGUGGCGCUUUCGCCAAUAUCCAUGUGGCCGUUCCCGUGUGACCCAGACCUUUCCGUUCACGACAAAGAGAAAAUGGAGCGGUUCAUGUUGAAAAACCUCAACCACCAUCUUCUGGCCGAAGUGAUUAAGCUUUUUUUUGGCGACAUGAAGAAACGCAACCACUUGAUUUACCAGGCGGGACUCUUGAACAUUUUCGCCUUUUUCAAACCCGAUGUUCCUCCGCUUUUGCCCAAUUCCUCCAUGAUCGAACUAGUGGCGCUUCAUGAAGGAGAUUCCUCAAAAGCGUCUGCGGACUUUUCCCACUAUUACGCUUCCAUCACAGGAAAAAACCCUAUAGUCAACAUUGUGACCUAUUUAGCACUCUCCGUCCAGGCCUGUCUUUUUUCCCUCUUGAUUGUCCAUUGCUAUUUAUCUGUGGCAAACCAGCACAAAAUCCGCUCCACGUUCGGCCUUCUUAUUGGCUGGCUAACUAGCGUUUUCAUAUCUGCGUUUGCUGCCCUUUUCAUUGUUGGCCGCUUUCAAGGCGUGUCUAUUUUCCAUGCCUUUGGCCCAAGUAAUAUACGGGAUUCUUUGGACAUCUCCAUAUUUCCCUCUCAAUCAAGGCUUAUGAGGCUCUCCGAACCUUAG